UAUCAGACAACUUUGUUUUUUGUACGUGCAUGUCCUUUUCUUCACAACCAUGUGAUUAGAGACAAUAGUAAAUAAAUGAAUGACAUCAUUUGAGUAUAGUUUCUCGGCCUUAGCCCAAACUUCAGGACAUGGUUGUUGACCAAGUGAUCAUGUCCUUGCCCUUCAAACGAAAAUCACAGAGCAGCAUCUCAGGAUUUUAAAUAUGAUGUUAAUAAUAUAUUAAGGAGCACUAUAUUCUUAUAUGUUUAAUGUAUUUAUGAUUCUUUGUCUAUAAUAAUAUAUAGCAUCUGUUGUGUAGUUGAGACAUGGUUUCUCCCAAAUCUGUCAUUCUCUCCUCCCUUUUUCUUUCAACAUCUAUGACGACUCCUUAUGCUGGUCCCCUCUACCUUUUAUCACAAGCUUUCUAAGUCUAAACAUGGUUAAACAUUUCUUUGUAGAUUUGCCUUGAUGGGGAUGACUAUGUUGCUGUUGUGGAUGAAUUCAUCAAAUACAAGAUGUGCAGUGCUGGAAUUGGGGUUCUCAAUGCUGCAAGAAAAACAAUGGCAAGGAUGUUGGGGAAUAAUGAGAUUGCUUAUGAGAGUGCAAAGAGUCAAUUUUGGGUCGUUGAGGCAAAGGGGUUAAUCACUGAAGGACGGGAAAAUAUUGAUCCAGAUGCCCUACCUUUUGCAAGAAAUUUGAAAGAAAUGGUUCGUCAAGGACUCAGGGAAGGAGCAAGCCUUGUGGAAGUGGUUCGUGAAAAUGAUCUCUUUACUUGAUUUAGCAAUUUUGAAAAUCACAAUAUGAGAUUGAUCAAUGUAAUAAUAUUGACAGUUUUUCCCUCUAGAAUGUCGAGACUAAGUUAGUAUCACUCAGUUUUAUAUGGAAAAAUUCAUAGCACGAGUAUGAUGAUCACAAUAAUUGUUCUCACUCCCAAGGUGCCAUAAAAUUGAAGAAUGAUGACGGCAGAAUAUUUGUUAGAUUGCAUGCUAAUAUUUACUGUGGGAGUUAUUAGCUUGUAGACUCCUUAUGUAAAGUUACAACAUGCUUCUGUAAUACUUAUUUCUCUGAAUUUUGUGUGUUUAUGAUGGUAAGAAUUGCUGAGCUGCUUCCUUAAUACAUUCUUGUAUUUCGAUAGCUUCCAAUGGAGAAGGUUGUACUUGUUCACUGAAUUGUUCGUCAGCUAAAACUGGGGUGGAAAUAAAUGAUGAGAGCAAAGGAUGAAGCUCACAAAUGGAGGGAGCUAUGCAUGAAAAAUCUCUUAAUAGGUGGUUCCAUGUUUCUUCAUCCCAUUUACUAUCAUAUUCCAAUCAGAAGCUUCACCUCUCAACGAACAACAAAGGAAGCUUCAUCCCAUUUACUAUCAUGUUCCAAUCAGAAGACUGAUCUGAGUUUCAAAUUAGCUUUCCAUUGCACAAUAAAAUGUUGGAACAUUAUCUUUACUGAUUUUGUCAGAAGUGAGACUUCAAAACCACACUUGAGAUGCUUAAGUGACAUACUGACAUUUGAUAACUUGCAGAGGUAACAAAGCAUUUUGCAGCUUUAACUGUGGAUCCGAGGAAUAAGUGGAGAAAACUUGUUCUAACUCAACAGACAGCUCUCCUGGCUCAAGUUACCAUGAUCUCUUCUUCAAGGGUCUGCUUUGUUGGUUGUCAUGAUCCAAUUUUCAUGGUUUUAUGAUAGCUUUGGUAGAGUUCUAUUCCUUCUGAAUCUUGGUAACUUCUAGAAAGAUAAAUGCAUUAUAAUGUUCACUAGAUGAGACAGAAAGAGGCCACUGGUUUCAUUUUAUGUUUUGUCAUUACUAUGAACUCUUUGAUUUGAUCAAUGCACGCAGCAUAUUGGCCAUUGAGAUUUUGAAUAUUU